AUGAUGGACGAGAAAUGUCAAAUAAUAGACCGAAGUGGAUUCAUAUACAAUGGGGAUACUAAUCUUGAGUGGCCAUUGUCGUUUAACAUCCUUGCAAAAUGCUCAACGACAAAAGCAAGAACUUCCAUUUUGAAACUUCCACAUUACGAAGUCGAAACACCGAUUUUCAUGCCAGUCGGCACCCAAGGGACUAUGAAAGGAUUAACAACAGACCAGUUAGAGAAUCUCAACUGUCAGAUCAUUCUAGCAAAUACGUAUCAUCUUGGAAUGAGGCCGGGACCAGAGACAUUACAAAAAGCUGGUGGUCUGCAGAAAUUCAUGAACUGGAAACGAGCACUCCUAACAGACAGUGGUGGGUUCCAAAUGGUUUCACUGGUAAAGCUAUCAGAAGUCACUGAGGAGGGUGUGAAAUUUUGCUCCCCAUAUGACAAUGAAGAGAUACUACUCACCCCAGAGAAGUCAAUUGAAAUACAAAAUUCUAUUGGAGCUGAUAUAAUGAUGCAGUUAGAUGAUGUUGUUCAUGUCUCAACCAGAGGUCCUCGUGUUGAGGAGGCAAUGUACAGGUCCAUUAGAUGGCUGGAUAGAUGUCUGAAGGCAAAUAAAAAUAUGGACUCUCAAAAUAUAUUUCCAGUUUUGCAAGGAGGACUUGACUUAGAUUUACGAAAAAAGUGCAUUGAAGGAAUGCUGAUGCGAAACACUCCAGGGUAUGCUAUAGGAGGCUUGAGUGGUGGAGAGGAGAAACAUGAGUUUUGUAAGGUUGUUAGCUUUUGCACUGAUCAUUUGCCUGCUUCUAAGCCAAGAUAUGUCAUGGGUGUUGGCUACGCAAUAGAUUUGGUUGUUAGUUGUGCUCUGGGUGCUGACAUGUUUGACUGCGUCUUUCCAACAAGAACAGCGAGAUUUGGAACGGCACUCGUCCCUUGGGGGCAACUCCAACUGAAAAGUGGACAAUAUGCUACAGAUUUUGAUCCCAUCGAUAAAGAGUGUCAUUGUUCCACAUGUCAGAAUUAUACCAGAGCCUACUUACACAGUCUGGUUGCAGCUAAAGAAACAGUUGGUUGUCACUUUAUAACUAUUCAUAACAUUGCUUAUCAGAUGGCGCUGAUGAGGGCGAUAAGGGAGAGCAUAAAACAAGAUAAAUUUCCUGACUUUAUACAGAGAUUUUUCAGGACAAUGUAUCCCCUUGGCAACUACCCGCAGUGGUGUACUGAUGCUUUAGAGACUGUAGGCGUAUUUUUAAAGAGUUAAUUUAGAUCGCUGCUUGAAUAAAAUUUGUCUUUCCUAUAAAUGGCUUAUCUUUCUUGCCCCCUGAGAGCAUGAAAGGCCCCUAAUUUAUAGGAGAUGCGGUAUUUUCUACUAGCUACUAGACCCAAAAGAUUUCUAACUUUGUACUUG